AUGACAUGCUUCAUUGCAUACUAAGUAUGCACGCCUCAGCUCAAUCUCCGUUAUAAGCUAUAUUGGGGUCAAACAUGUCUGCACCGAGUUCUACCACAACCAGAAAUGGUGCAAGUUCGCCUGUCCGCCCAAUGCGAGCCAGCACACUGAAAUUCCUGCCUGUGCGACACGGUUGCGAGUCAACGAUGAGAUGAAACAUCGAUUGGGAGCGGAAGCAGGUUUGACGUUGAUGAUGCAGUACCUGAUGGAUCUGAGGGGACCUUGGGACGCCGAACGGGAAGGAUUCUCGACAUCGUGUGGCAUUGCAUCUAUCAAGUGUCCACCAUGUCGUUUCCGUUCCAUCCUCUUUCGUUACACCCUCUUCAUCUUCCGCGGGCUCUCCUUCAGUGAGGGAGGCUCCUCCUUUUCUUUUAUCCGUCGCGGACGCUUCCUUCCGAAUCCGCUUGCACAUUCUUUUGCAUGCCAUGGCUCCCACUGUGCCGUUUCUUCAAGCUCAAAUCGACGCGAUUAUCGAUGACGAGAGUCUGACGGUCAACUACUACAUUGUUGGUUUGUUUCUGCAGACCUUGUUCUUCGGGUUCUACACCAUCAUUGCAUUCAUGUCGACGAAAAUGCUUCUCGAGCGUAGAUUGAACACGAGAUUGAACCAAGUCAUGUUCGGCAUCACGGCUUUCAUGUACCUUCUGUCCGCCGCUUAUUGGUUCUACAAUAUCGCCGAUGGGAUGGACCGACUUAACGGAUUUGCGAAACUGGCCAAGCAUCCGCUCCUCCCUCGGCCUCAACUCACAACUGUCACGUUCUCGUCGCCGCUGUGGAACGCACUCACCCUGAUCAAUUACGUUCUGAGUGACGCUGUAGUCGUGUGGAGAGCGUGGAUCAUUUGUCUGCGAAACCAAAGGAAAUACUUGUGGAUCACAAUCGGAUUUCUGGUGCUCACUGCCUUGACCGUCCUGCUCACCAUCGUUUUCCGAAUCGUAGGGCUAGUGAUAUCGCCCGUCAAAGACCCGGCUACGAACGACAUGCUCGGUCGCGCGAUCAACAUCCUACAAGUGCUCACUCUGUUCACGUCUUUGUUUUCAAACCUGACUGCUACGGGCGUUGUGGGCUUGACUGCAUGGCGGCAUUACCUCAAUCUCACGAUGGCCUUUUCGGAAAAGAAAGCUGGGUCGGCGAGGACAAGUCAUAUCUUGAUGCUCGUUGUUGAGACUGGCUCUCUGUACUGUGUCUCUGCAUUCAUCGUGCUCAUGUCUGCUCUGAUCAAACUUCCGCACGGUACUCUUGGAGACAUAUACACUCCAAUCAACGUCCAGAUCGCGGGUGCGUACCCAUGCAUCGUACUCCUCCUCGUCAACAGGUCCAAGUCGCUUGACGACUCGACGUUCUGCGACCAAACCUUUGUCGGCAGCGGGACCCCGACACAGCCGAUCUACUUCAAGAACAGCUCAGCGAGAGACGCCGCCUCACCUCGACACAAUGCCAGCAUGCACUUUGCGCGCAAUCCCGGUCUGACCUCGACUUUCGCGACGACAGAGUUUGAGGAUGAGUCACCGUCAGAAUUCGGCAUGACUUUUGCUCGCAAUGCUGAGCUGACAGCGCCUGUCAAUGCUGCAACCGCCGAGUUUGACGAUGAGCCGCCUCUCGAUUCUCCGCCACUUCCGGCAGGCGUCUCCAGCUCGGAAGCAUUGCAGGAUCAGUUGCCGAAAUCGACCACAGUCAGCAUCUCGUAUUCCCGCCGGCUCGAGAUUCGGCCAUUACCUCCACUACCGGUCACAUCCGAGGAAAGCUGGGUCUGAAAUACCGAUGAGUUUGUGUCGCUGGCGAAUCCGGCUGGUUGCCGUUGUAACUCUUCAUUCGUAUUUCUAUUUCAUGUUCUUGUACUCUCCUCUUGUGUGCCUGUGUGCUGCCGCGCCAUCUAGUACGCGCUGGAAUAGAAUUUCAUCAAGCGUCCGGCAAACGCCGUUGAUGGUCAACGUGAAAGUUACCCACCUCUAUCCUUAGAUGUCCACACUACAACCAGUACUGUGAUGCCUCCGCUACCUUCGUUCCGAGAACUCUUGUCUCUUCCCUUGGGGCCGUUCGAUGACUUUGCUGUUCUCAGCCCCACGUACCACCCCACGGGCGGCACCCUCCCCAAAUUAGAGCGUCUGCGCAUGAGAGACAUCCACCGAAACAUAACGGGCCUGGACAAGACAGAUCGAAACCUCAAGCCGCCCAUCGAGCCCUCGCCGACGGUCCACUUCUGGGGCAUACUCGUCGUGCAGAACCUCUCGUGGCUCUCGGCGCGUGGACGGGAGAUGAUCGAUGCGCAGCUGGGGAUGAGGGACAGCGAGCUACAGCGACAUGCCGGGCCUCCAACUCGCGCUAUCAAGCUGGAAAAUGUGCUCCGCGCGGCGCGCAACAUGAAAGACCCUAUCCGACUGCGACUGUGGCUCAGAUGCGAGAAGCAGAUGGAGGCGUCUUUCAAGACCGACAAGCGGUACACCCAGAGUCUCCUGCUGCACUCGAAGGACCAGCAGCGCACGUACGAGAUCAUCAGCAUGGACGCGCCCACGUACCAGCUCAGCCGCAACUUCCUCGCCCGGUACCGCCUCGUCGCACUCAUCUCCGAAAUUGUCUCCGAUCCAGCAUACAACCUGACGCUAUACAGUCUGGACAUGGACGUCCUGGAGAACGCAUAUCUCAUCAAGCACGAGCGGGAGAGGUUGUCCUACCGGGCCAUUGCGGCUCAGCCGGACCAGGUGGCUAUCGAGGGCCGGCUACGCCAUCUCUCGCGAGCCGAAAUACGCAGUGAAUUCGCCGCGCACGCUGCCUGGCUUUUGGGGUUUUACAUCCGUUCCAGAAACUGCUACCUGAACGUCCGUGUCUGGUGUGAGUUCAUCGGAAAGACACAGGCUGCACGGAGGAGCCUCAAUAACGGGCAAUGGGGACGCACCUACGAAGACAACGAGAUCUGGGACUCGAGAACUGCUGGUGACGCGCAUUCGAUCGCGUUGACGCUGGCGAAGUUUGGUGGGACUGUGGAUGAGUGGGAGAAGUUGCUGGAUAGAAAGAUACUCGAAGAUCCGCAUCUGGUCGCACCCUCGGUCGACGAUGAGGAAGCCUUAGACCCUUUCCUCCGCGGUGGCAGGGAUAAGCAGGAUUUCGACUAUGACUCUAGCAUGUCUGUCGAAAGCACGCCAGAUUGCAGCGAAUCCGAAUCCGAGGAGGUCGUUCUGGAUUGCAAGUACCCCAACAAAAGAUCUCUGCCGUCGAUUCCAACAUGGAUCAGUGCACCGUUGUUCGUGUAUGAAGGCAGCACGGUGUGGGAAUGCCCUGGACCCGACUGUCCUUUUGUCCUGGAUCCAUACGCGCUGCCCAAUCGGGCCAAUAUUGUCGAUCCAACAGAAGCCGCGGACGAGGAGUUCGUACAACGAGGGCAAUUCAAGGACAUGAGUGACAAGCGGGUGCAUCGUGUCUUGGCCCGCCGAGUGUCAGAGCAUUAUGCCGAGCAUCUGAAGAUUGCGGAUCUCGACCUGUACAACACCCAGAAGGUAGUCGAUCGGCUGCAUCGCCACUUCCAGUUCAAGCCUGCAAGGCAGAGGGGACCUCACAGGACAGAGAAUAGUACCAAUAAUGUCGCCGAACUUUUUUGACGCCGAAUGCGAAUGGAAAGCGCAAACCCACAGGGAAGGUCCCCAAACCGCUAAUAGACAGUCUGGUGAAAUGAAUUUUCGAAGGAUGUAGGCCUCUAAGCAGCUGCUGGAAGUGAGAGCCGAGAAGGGUGGGAUAGGGAAUCACAACAUAAGCGUAUCAAAUUACUUUCUAAGAAGAGCGACUUGCACCGAGUCUGAUAUCGUUAUUGAUACUGUGAAUCAAGUCC